AUGGCCGACAAUGCGAUGACAAGAGGAAGCCGCGCGUGCUACAACUGUGGCCAGCCGGGCCACCUCAGCCGUGAAUGCCCCACAAGGCCACCUGGUGUCAUGGGCGACCGUGCGUGCUACAAUUGCGGUCGUAUGGGCCACCUCAGCCGUGAAUGUCCCACAAGGCCACCUGGUGUCAUGGGCGACCGUGCGUGCUACAAUUGCGGUCGUAUGGGUCACCUUAGCCGCGAAUGCCCUAACCGCCCAGCCGGUGGCUUUCGUGGUGUCGCACGUGGGGCGUGUUAUCACUGCCAGCAGGAAGGUCAUCUUGCGCGCGACUGCCCCAACGCACCGCCCGGAGGCGAGCGCGCAUGCUACAAUUGCGGUCAGACAGGCCACACCAGCCGUGCGUGCCCUGUGAAGUAA